GACAGACUUCACGGGUGCAUCUACAUCACCCAACACCCCUGCACAUGGUGGCCACCAGGCCGUGCAUUGGUUCCCAGGCACCAUGAAUGCCAUCGUCGCACUGUGUCACUUCUGCGAGCUGCAUGGCCCCCGCACUCUGUUUUGUACGGAAGUCCUACAUGCCCCACUCCCCCAAGGGGCCGGGAGUGGGGACAGCCCUGGCCAGGGAGAGCAGGCCGAGGAGGAAGAAGGUGGCAUUCAGAUGAGCAGUCGCAUCCACUCCCACAGCCCAGCAGACGGGGCCAGUGCUGAAGCUAGCAGCCCAGGGCCCAAAAAGUCUGACAUGUGUGAGGGCUGCCGAUCCCUUGCUGUGGGGCAUCCGGGGUACAUCAGCCAUGACAAGGAGACCUCCAUUAAAUAUGUCAGCCACCAGCACCCCAACCACCCCCAGCUCUUCAGCAUUGUCCGCCAGGCCUGUGUUCGGAGCCUGAGCUGUGAGGUCUGCCCUGGCCGUGAAGGCCCCAUCUUCUUUGGGGACGAGCAGCAUGGUUUUGUGUUCAGCCACACCUUCUUUAUCAAAGACAGCCUGGCCAGGGGCUUCCAGCGCUGGUAUAGCAUCAUUGCCAUCAUGAUGGAUCGCAUCUAUCUCAUCAACUCCUGGCCCUUCCUGCUUGGGAAGAUCCGUGGGAUCAUCGAUGAGCUCCAGGGCAAGGCCCUUAAGGUGUUUGAGGCGGAGCAGUUUGGAUGCCCACAGCGCGCACAGAGGAUGAACACAGCUUUUACACCAUUCCUGCACCAAAGAAAUGGCAAUGCAGCCCGUUCGCUGACAUCUUUGACCAGUGAUGACAACUUGUGGGCGUGUCUUCACACCUCCUUUGCUUGGCUUUUGAAAGCAUGCGGCAGCCGGCUGACCGAGAAGCUGCUGGAGGGUGCACCGACCGAGGACACGCUGGUCCAGAUGGAGAAGCUCGCUGAUUUAGAAGAGGAAUCCGAAAGCUGGGACAACACUGAGGCUGAAGAAGAGAAGACCCUUGUGUUCCCUGAAGGUGCAGAAGGGCAGGAGCAGAUCAAAUGCCCAACAGACUUGUCCUCACUCUCAGACUGUGGUAGCUGGCAGCCUCGGAAGCUGCCGGUCUUUAAGUCACUUCGGCACAUGAGACAGGUCCUGGGUGCCCCGUCUUUCCGCAUGUUGGCCUGGCAUGUUCUCAUGGGGAACCAGGUUAUCUGGAAGAGCAGAGACAUAGACCUUGUCCAGUCAGCUUUUGAAGUUCUUCGGACCAUGCUGCCUGUAGGCUGUGUCCGCAUCAUCCCUUACAGCAACCAGUACGAGGAAGCGUAUCGGUGCAACUUCCUGGGGCUCAGCCCACAGGUGCAGAUCCCCCACCAUGUGCUAUCCUCAGUUGGCCCCACCAUCCUGAAUAAGAUCGAAGCUGCUCUGACCAAUCAGAAUCUAUCUGUGGAUGUGGUUGACCAGUGCCUUGUCUGCCUCAAGGAAGAGUGGAUGAACAAAGUGAAGGUCCUUUUUAAAUUCACCAAGGUGGACAGUCGCCCAAAAGAGGACACGCAGAAACUCCUGAGUAUCCUCGGGGCUUCGGAGGAAGACAACGUCAAGCUGCUGAAGUUUUGGAUGACAGGCUUGAGCAAAACCUAUAAGUCGCAUCUUAUGUCCACAGUCCGGAGCCCCACGGCCUCAGAAUCUCGUAACUGACCCCACUGUGGGAACUUGUCUGCAUGCAUGCCUUUGGGAAAUGGUUGUGACCAUCCUUGUCACCAAGCUUAGAAAUAAUUACAAGCUGUCCUCCAACUCCACGAGAGAUUUAUCCUUUAGUUUCUGGACUGUUGGGGACGGAGCUGUUUCUAGCAAGAAAUGGAAACCGUUUGGGCUGAACUUUGCCCCCUGUGGAGUUUGGGCCUUGGGUAAUUUUUAGCACCAUCUCAUAAGCUGUUUGAAUUGCUGCAGCACUCAGGAAGGUUGUGAAGGCCUGUGAGCCGGAGGUCUUCUCUGCUUUUGUACAUCUCCUGUGAGAGAAGACUGGAAGAGAGACAGGCACCUCGUGCCUUUCAAGGAUUUAGAUCUACAAAUUCAAAGAAGAAACAUGUUGGGCUAAUUCUGGCUUGGGUGUUUAGCUCCAAUAACAUCUUCUUUUGUGGUUAACAUUUGAACCUAACCAUUUUGAUAUUCAGUGAGAGAUUUCCAGUUUUUGUGUGUACAUGUUGCUACAAUUGUGAAUAUUCAAGACAUACUCAAAUCCUUGGUCAUUUUUUAGUAAUCUGAUUUUAAGUUAGGACUCUGGGAACGGCUUUGGGGGCGUGGUGGAUGUUUUCCUCACCUUUGGAGCCUCCGGAAGUCGUGUGACUCUACUAACUCUUUUGGCUACACUCCCCUGGGGUUGCCUUCGAGAUUGACCUGUAAUUUGAUGCAGCCACUGCAGUGCUCAAGUUUUAAGUAAAGUGUUGACUUGCCUAGCUCACUGGACACAGAGUCGAAAAGCCCACCAUAGUUUUGUUCCAUAUCACUUUACACUUUAUUGCUUCUUUAAACAUUUAUGUUUGGUUAUAGUUAACAAUUUUCAGAGUUAGGUGAUUUAAAGCAAUUUUAUCAUCCUACAGUACGUUUUUAAUAAUUCAUGACCUGGAGGGAUAUUUCAGCAGUUUUGCUAGUUUCUAUUUAACAUGAAGAUUAAGUGUAUAUGGUGAGGAAUCUGUGUAACGCAAGAACACUGAAACACAAUAAAGAUGUAUUUUUGUAAAAUGUUGACUACAUGGUUUUAUUGGCUUGAUGCCUAAAAUUUACUUCAGCUCAGUCAUAGAAAACAUAAAUAUGGUUAAAAUAACAUCAGUGAGUAUGAAAGUUUAAGGUACCUUAGUAAUCCUGGACAGUCUUCCCAGAGAUGGUCAUUUGAGCCAACUUUCAAGUGGAGAGAAGAUAGCAUUUAUUCUGAAGACAUCUAUUGAAUGUCUACAACUGUGUGCUUAGAGUUUUGUUCAACUUUAGGAAAUGUUUGCCCCUUAAAGAUACUUAAAAGUUAUAUCCACCUGAGAAGAUGGGUGGAGUAUACCUGGUGAUAGUGGCAGUUCUUAAAGUGCAAAAAUUAUGUUUCAGUCACCUACUCAGAGUGGAAGGGGACCCCACAGCCUACCCG